UCUAAUUGUUUUGUUUUUCGUUUUUGGUGCUCUUUGCCUCGGAGCUUCCUUAAUUUUUUUUUUUUCUCAUGGCUGCCUCCGUCGAUCCGCUUGUUGUGGGGCGAGUGAUUGGUGAUGUUGUAGACAUGUUUGUUCCGACUGUGAACAUGUCUGCCUACUUUGGCCCCAAGCACGUGACAAAUGGAUGUGAUAUCAAACCUUCAAUGGCUGUCAAUCCUCCGAAAGUGACUCUCUCUGGGCAUUCCGACGAGCUAUACUCUCUGGUGAUGAUUGAUCCUGAUGCUCCUAGCCCUAGCGAGCCCACCAUGCGAGAAUGGGUUCAUUGGAUUGUUGUGGACAUGCCUGGUGGAACAAACCCGACUAGAGGCAAGGAGAUACUGCCAUAUGUAGGGCCACGGCCACCAAUCGGAAUUCAUCGGUACAUAUUGGUGCUUUUCCGGCAGAAGGCUCCUCUGGGACUUGUGGACCAGCCAGUGUCGCGUGCAAACUUUAGUACCCGACUUUUUGCAGGGCAGCUGGAUUUGGGGUUGCCGGUGGCGACGGUGUACUUCAACUCUCAAAAGGAGCCGGCAAGCAGGAGGCGCUGAGCAGCGGCGUACGUGGCGGCGUAGGGCGAAGUACUGAUUAGUGGGAAAUAUAUGAAAUAGUGUCUUUUAAGGUUUUCUGUAAUGAAUGUAGUGUGGGUAUUUCACUAUUUCUCCUGGGUUUGUGGGGAAGUGACCAUAUAUUAUCGAACUCUCUCUUUGA